UCCAUUAUUCAACUUCUCUCUCAAAACAAUGCCUUCUUCACUUCUCAUAAUUCUCCUCUUUCUCCUCUCUAUCUCAUUGUCCUCAGCUCAAACCUACAAUAUCCUAUCUUACGGAGCCAAACCGGACGGCAAAACCGACUCGACCAAGGCCUUAACCGUCAUGUGGGCCAAAGCCUGCGCCUCGGUCAAACCGGUCACCAUUUUGAUCCCCAAGGGACGGUUUUUAUUAAGAAGCAUUGUUUUUGAUGGAGCCAAGUGUAAACGCAAGUCCGUCACGUUCCGUAUCAAAGGCACUCUUGUGGCUCCAUCAGAUUAUCGAGUUCUUGGUAAAGAAAACUAUUGGAUUUUCUUCCAGCAUCUCGACAGCCUCUCCGUCUACGGCGGAGUUCUUGACGCUCAGGGAGCUUCUCUAUGGUCUUGCAAAAAGUCCGGCAAGCAUUGCCCGAGUGGUGCCACGAGCAUAGGGUUUCAGAGCUCAAGCAACGUGGUGAUCUCAGGGCUGACGUCACUUAACAGUCAGAUGUUUCACGUCGUGAUUAACGGCUGCCGUAACGUAAAUAUUCAAGGAGUAAAAGUUUCAGCUGACGGAAACAGUCCAAACACUGACGGCAUCCACGUGCAGUCAUCCUCCACCGUCUCCAUCCUCAACUCCAAAAUCUCCACCGGCGAUGACUGUGUCUCCGUCGGUCCCGGAACUAACGGUCUCUGGAUCGAAAACGUCGCUUGUGGCCCUGGCCAUGGUAUCAGCAUUGGGAGCUUGGGAAAGGAAAGUGUAGAGGCAGGUGUACAGAACGUAACCGUAAAAACGGCGACGUUUACAGGAACUGAAAAUGGAGUAAGAAUAAAGUCAUGGGCCAGGCCCAGUAAUGGUUUCGCCAAGAAUAUCCGUUUCCAACAUUGCGUUAUGAACAACGUACAGAACCCAAUCGUCAUUGACCAAAACUACUGCCCAGGCAACGAAAAUUGCCCCAACCAGGUCUCUGGGAUAAAAAUCAGCGAUGUAAUAUUCUUCGAUAUACACGGGACAUCGGCGAGAGAAGUUGGAGUGAAAUUUGACUGUAGCUCUAAGAAACCGUGUACCGGAAUUCGAAUUCAAGACGUGAAGCUAACGUACCAGAAUAAACCGGCAGUAGUAGAUUGUAGCCAUGCUGGAGGGACCGAGACUGGGUUUCAACGGUCCAAUAGCUGUCUAUGACCAGACAAAAAAAAUUAUAUUUGUAAUUUUGUGUGUGUGUGUGUAUUUUUUCUUUUAUUUUUAGUCGUGAAAUGUAAAU